AUGAAGUUCUCCGCCUUCGUCGUUUUCUUUCUCCCCCUUGCUUUUGCAACCGAACGCUCGGCCAACAACCUGCCCGAACGGUACCUAAAUAGUCCGACUGGACCUAGUUUGACGGGUCCUAGUUUGACUGGUCCUAGUUUGACGGGUCCUAGCGCCACCGGGCCAAGCAUGACGGGUCCCAGCGCCACCGGGCCAAGCAUGACGGGUCCAAGUAUGACGGGACCUAGCAUGACUGGACCCAGCGACAGCGAUGAUCGUCGUCUCAAGAGCCCCAGCUCUACGGGUCCUAGCGCCACCGGGCCAAGCAUGACGGGUCCCAGCGCCACCGGGCCAAGCAUGACGGGUCCAAGUAUGACGGGACCUAGCAUGACUGGACCCAGCGACAGCGAUGACCGUCGUCUCAGGAGCCCCAGCUCUACGGGUCCUAGUUUGACGGGUCCUAGCGCCACCGGGCCAAGCAUGACGGGUCCCAGCGCCACAGGUCCAAGUAUGACGGGACCUAGCAUGACUGGACCUAGCGACAGCGAUGACCGUCGUCUCAGGAGCCCCAGUUCUACGGGUCCUAGUUUGACUGGUCCUAGUUUGACGGGUCCUAGCGCCACCGGGCCAAGCAUGACGGGUCCAAGUGUCACAGGCCCCAGCAUGACUGGACCCAGCGACAGCGAUGACCGUCGUCUCAGGAGCCCCAGCUCUACGGGUCCUAGUUUGACUGGCCCUAGUGGCACAGGUCCUAGUAUGACGGGCCCCAGCGCCACAGGGCCAAGCGUGACGGGUCCCAGCGCCACAGGUCCAAGUAUGACGGGACCUAGUAUGACUGGACCCAGCGACAGCGAUGACCGUCGUCUCAGGAGCCCCAGCUCUACGGGUCCUAGUUUGACGGGUCCUAGCGCCACCGGGCCAAGCAUGACGGGUCCCAGCGUCACAGGUCCAAGUAUGACGGGACCUAGCAUGACUGGACCUAGCGACAGCGAUGACCGUCGUCUCAGGAGCCCCAGUUCUACGGGUCCUAGUUUGACUGGUCCUAGUAUGACGGGCCCCAGCGCCACAGGGCCAAGCGUGACUGGUCCAAGUGUCACGGGCCCAAGCAUGACUGGACCCAGCGACAGCGAUGACCGUUUCCUCAGGCGCCGGAACAAGAUGUAG